AUGGCGCACUACAUCCCAUCGGCAUCUAGCGGUUCUCGAGAAGGUUUGGCUUCGGAAAGUGGGCAAAAGGAGGAGGAGGAGGAAGAGUUGCUGUUCACUGAUGAGGAAGAAGACGAACCUGAGAUCAAAGACGAGCUCAAGAUUCUUGUCGACGCGUCUAACCGGGAAAGGUGGUCGGAUGUGGUCUUGCAGGCGCGGAAGCACAUGCGGUGCCACCCCAGACACCCAGGACGCGUUCGCGACGGCGGGAGAGUGUGCAUCUUGGUGGAUUCUUCCUCAUCAGACGAAGAGGACGAGAAUAAGCUUCCAGUCCGUCGUCCAGAGCUGGACCCAGCAAAACCCACAUUCACCCUUUUUCCCCAACUGCCGAAAGAACUUCGGGAUAGCAUCCUCCUCACGGCCGUCGACCCCAUCACCAUCAAAGGCUGGAUUAAAAUCGACCUCGAGUGGUGGCGCGGGCCCCAAGCACAUUUCCCCCUCCGCCGAAUCAGGUCCUGGGCCGCCAUACCCUUAUACGCCGUCAGCCGGGAAACCAGGGCGCUGGCGGCCACGGCUUUCGGCGCGCCGGACCCGCGGACCUUUCCGUUCAGCCCCGCUCGGGACGCUGUGGAGCUUAUGUGGGAUGGGUCCAUGCUCCCCACCACGUGGAGGCGGGCGGAGGACUACAGGCUGGCCGGGCCCGUUAUCACGGUGGGCUAUGCCGAGGGAGACGCGUGA